UCGCGUCAACAUAACUGAAUAAUGCAACCUGUUAUAUUAGAUAACAUGACUGACGCUUUCCUGACUACUAAAAGAGAAUAUUCCACAUUAUCUACAUCUUUUCACCGUUAAAAUGAACCACAUGUUACACAAAAUCGAGGCGCAUGUCUCGUUACCAGGACGACCGAUUCGCCUAACCGUACACAAAACGUCCAUCAGCAUAAAUAAACCUAUUGUUAGUCCCUUUUCCAUUCAAAGGUUAUAGCACUGUUCGAAAGAAAUUAGAUUUAAUCCAAUUUCUAUCCCUAGAAAUUUUCUGAAAAUAUCGUACCUUUUAAACAAAAUUAGAAUACUAGUAAAGAAAUAACGCGAAUCUACGUUAUUUACGAUCAUAAUAAAUAUAAUGAAAUCCAAAAUAAAUAUCGCGAAUUUAUUGACGUGACGAAAGAGAAAAAAAUAUCGUAGAUCUAAGUUAAUCUAAAGAAACAUUUCCUAAAUAAAAAAUACAGUGAAUGCGCAAAAAUAAAAUAAACGAAAUAUUGUGAUAUAACGCGGUGCAGAAAUUUUUCUAAAAUAAAAUAAAAAAAACUUAUUUAUGAUUUAAAAUAUUUAAAAUAAUUAUGGAAUAACCAAUCUAUUCUAUGAUCUUCAUCUUAUUAUUCCUCGAAUAAAAUAUAUCGAUAUCGAUAUUAAUUAUCCCGGGAAACGUUCAGGAGGAUUCCAAGUGAUAGAAAUAAAUUAAAUAAAUAUAAUAAAGUAAAAUAAAAUCGAUCCUCUUCGUAUAAUCCUCGUCAUGUCGAUCGAGGGUGAAUUUUUCCUCUCAAUCACGGGAUCCAUCGAAUACGCGGAAUUUUACGACAUCGACAACGCCUACUGCAAAUAUGGAUUUCACUUUGGCCCGGAAUGGAGCGUGGUCGCGGGUAUCGAGGAGGGUUUGACACAGAUAUGCAAGUGCAGCGAUGACCCGCGAAAUCUGGCAGUUUGGAAUUUCCCGCUGGAAGUCACGUUCAAGAGUACUAAUCCCUAUGGAUGGCCCCAGUUAAUAUUGUCCGUUUAUGGGUUGGAUGUCUUUGGCCACGACGUCAUCAGAGGAUAUGGAGUGUGUCAUUUGCCGCUGAAAAUAGGUCAUCAUGAGAAAAGGGUAUCCGUCUACGUGCCAGAAUCUUCAUCGAUGUUGCAACGUUUCGCAGCCUGGUUGACCGGAAGAAGGCCAGAACUAAUUGAUCCAACGAUAUUGGCCACGGGUGGUGGUAGAGAACUCACGCGCAUGAGAGUGGAGGGUAUUGUUACCGUAACGUUCAACGUAGUGCUGAAAGAUUUCUUCAAGUUGGGAUACAACAAUGGCGAUCAUCAAAAAAAGUAACGAGAUAUUGCCAGGCUUAAGUGUCGUGAUUCGCGACACUUCCUAUCGGAGGAAAAGAAUGAAAGAAAAAUUUACAUACAUCCAAUUCACUGCCAAUUUAAAAUCGAUAGUUCAAAUAAUGUUUAAUGUUAGUGUUAUUUAUAGAUACGUGUGUAGGUUUUUAUGUAUUUUUUUUACAUAUGACAAAAAUAAAAUAGUUUUAAUAUUAUUGGAAA